UGUGUGUGUACAUAGAGGAUGGCUCAGUGCUCAGGUGCAGUGCUCUGGGAACCAGUCAAGCAGGCAGCAGGACCAGUUCAUUUACCCAGACGACAGAGCGCUCUGCUGGGUUAGGGGCUGGAGCUUGAGCCCCAUCUUGGACCUCCAACCCUGGAGCUCUACUGACGUACCUGUAACUGUUUUUAUACAUCAAUCAAGAGGACAUUUUCACCUGACUCUGGAUCAUAUCAUUAACUGUUUUUGUAUUUGCUAUAACUGGCACUUGUUUUGCACUUUGAGCUCUGAGAAGUGGAAGCAGCUGCCUUCACAGCGGUGGAGCCUGAGGAGUAUGUCCUGUCUGUGCCCUGCCCCAAACUGGACCUUUGCAUCUGCACAGUGUGGAUAGCUGCUGAGGGACACCAAGAACAAAAGACAGAGGGGGAAUCUUGAAAACGAGGAGAGGAAAAUCCUUCCUUCUCACACACCUGUGAGGGCUCCUCCUCUGACAAAAGCGCAGCCGAGGAUACGGGAGGAACAAAAAGAUAAUUAGGAGCUGAGAAGAAAAGGCUAAAGAGGAGACUCUGGGUCCACCCUCCAUUCAUCCCUCCAUCCAUCCCUCCUUCUCCGGUUUCCCACCUGUGAGGAUUAAUUGGACUGGAGCAGCAUGGCGCACGCCGCCUCGCAGCUGAAGAAAAAGGCGGAUGAGAACCUCAACGCUGCGGAGGACGAGAAGGAGAAGAAGAAGACGGCGAGGAAGCGUUCGCGCGAAGUGAAGAAAAAGACGGAUGUAAAUGCCUGUUACCUGCGAUCAGCUCGGGCCGGGAACCUAGAGAAAGCUUUGGACUACCUGAAGAAUGGAGUCGACAUCAAUAUUUGUAACCAGAACGGACUAAAUGCUCUCCAUCUGGCCUCCAAGGAGGGCCAUGUGGAGGUGGUGGCUGAGCUCAUCAAGCACGGCGCCAACGUGGACGCAGCGACUAAGAAAGGAAACACAGCCCUCCACAUAGCUUCCCUCGCUGGGCAGACAGAGGUGGUGAAGGAACUGGUCACUCACAACGCCAACGUCAACGCACAGUCUCAGAAUGGCUUCACUCCGCUCUACAUGGCGGCGCAGGAGAACCACAUGGACGUGGUGCAGUUCCUACUGGACCAUGGCUCCAGUCAGAGCAUCGCCACCGAGGAUGGUUUCACUCCACUGGCGGUGGCUUUGCAGCAGGGACACGACCAGGUGGUUUCCCUCCUGCUGGAAAACGAUACCAAGGGGAAGGUCCGCCUGCCUGCACUGCACAUCGCCGCACGGAAAGACGACACCAAGGCCGCCGCGCUCCUCCUCCAGAAUGACCACAACGCCGACGUGGAGUCUAAGAUGAUGGUGAAUAGAACAACAGAGAGUGGUUUCACUCCCCUGCAUAUUGCGGCUCACUACGGCAACAUCAACGUAGCAACACUCCUGCUGAACAGAGGGGCAGCUGUGGACUUCAAGGCGAGGAAUGACAUCACACCGCUGCACGUAGCAUCCAAACGUGGGAACAGCAACAUGGUGCGACUGCUGCUGGAGAGAGGAGCCAAGAUAGAUGCACGGACCAAGGACGGUCUGACUCCUCUGCACUGUGGAGCGAGGAGCGGACAUGAGCAGGUGGUGGAGAUGCUGCUGGACAGAGGAGCUCCAAUACUGUCAAAGACAAAGAACGGUUUGUCUCCGCUCCACAUGGCGACGCAGGGCGACCAUCUCAACUGCGUCCAGCUGCUUCUGCACCACGAGGUGCCUGUGGACGAUGUGACCAACGACUACCUGACGGCGCUGCACGUGGCUGCACACUGUGGGCACUACAAGGUGGCGAAGGUGAUCGUGGACAAGAAGGCCAACCCCAACGCCAAGGCACUGAAUGGUUUCACUCCCCUGCACAUCGCCUGCAAGAAAAACAGAGUCAAGGUGAUGGAGCUGCUUCUGAAGCAUGGAGCGUCGAUACAGGCGGUCACUGAGUCCGGUCUGACUCCGAUCCAUGUUGCAGCAUUUAUGGGACACGACAACAUCGUGCACCAGCUGAUCAGCCACGGGGCUUCCCCCAACACGAGCAAUGUGAGAGGGGAGACGGCGCUCCACAUGGCAGCGAGAGCCGGACAGUCAAACGUGGUCCGAUAUCUGAUCCAGAACGGAGCACGAGUCGAUGCCAAGGCCAAGGACGACCAGACUCCGCUGCACAUCUCAAGCCGUCUCGGAAAGCAGGACAUCGUCCAGCAGCUGCUGGCAAACGGAGCGUGCCCGGACGCCACGACCAGCUCUGGAUACACACCUUUACACCUGGCUGCCAGGGAGGGACACCGAGACGUGGCCUCGGCGCUGCUGGAGCACGGAGCCAGUCUGGGCAUCAUCACCAAGAAGGGCUUCACUCCUCUGCACGUGGCUGCAAAGUACGGGAAGAUCGAGGUCGCCAACCUGCUGCUGCAGAAGAACGCUCCGGCCGACGCUGCGGGGAAGAGUGGACUAACUCCACUGCAUGUGGCGGCGCACUAUGAUAACCAGAAGGUGGCGCUGCUCUUGCUCAACCAGGGAGCUUCUCCGCAUGCAGCUGCGAAGAACGGUUAUACUCCGCUCCACAUCGCAGCUAAGAAGAACCAGAUGGAGAUCACCACCACGUUACUGGAGUACGGCGCCACCACCAACACGGUGACACGUCAGGGGAUCACGCCUCUGCAUCUGGCGGCACAGGAAGGCAACGUGGACAUAGUGACGCUGCUGCUGGCUCGAGACGCUCAGAUAAACACGGGCAAUAAGUCUGGUCUGACUCCGCUCCACCUGGCUGCUCAGGAGGAUAAAGUCAACGUUGCUGAGGUGUUAGUCAAUCAGGGAGCAACUAUAGACCCAGAGACCAAGCUGGGAUACACUCCUCUCCAUGUGGCCUGUCACUAUGGCAAUGUGAAGAUGGUCAAUUUCCUGCUGAAAAACCAGGCGAGGGUCAACGCCAAGACCAAGAACGGUUACACUCCUCUCCAUCAGGCUGCGCAGCAGGGACACACACACAUCAUCAACUUGCUGCUACAUCACGGAGCAUCGCCUAACGAACUCACAGCUAAUGGGAACAGCGCUCUGUCCAUCGCCAGGAGGCUCGGCUACAUCUCUGUAGUUGACACACUCAAAGUGGUGACAGAGGAAACUCUGACGACUCAGACGGUGAUAGAGAAGCACAAGAUGAACGUCCCAGAGACCAUGAACGAGGUGCUGGACAUGUCCGACGACGAAGUCUGUAAAGCCAAUGUCCCCGAAAUGAUCACAGAGGACUAUAUAUCUGAUGUGGAAGAAGAGGUGGAUGUUGGAAACAUCUCCAUCAGCUAUUCCUGUGACGAUGCGAUGACGGGGGACACAGACAAAUAUCUGGCCCCCCAGGACCUGCGGGAGCUGGGGGACGACUCGCUCCCUCAGGAGGGCUACAUGGGCUUCAGCGUCGGUGCGCGGUCACAGAGCCUCCGUUCCUUCAGUUCUGAUAGGUCCAACACGCUGAACCGGAGCUCGUUCACGCGGGACAGCAUGAUGAUCGAAGAGAUGCUGGCGCCCAAUAAGGAAGUGAUGCUCUGUAAGGAAAGGUCUUUCAUUGUAGAGCAUCACAAUAAGCAUUUGGCCGUGGCUAAGGACUUUGACAACGACUCUCUGAGGAGGUACAGCUGGACUGCAGACGCACUGGAUAAUGUCAACCUAGUCUCUUCACCAAUACACUCCGGUUUUUCCUCUCCGCUCCCGCAGUACGACAGCAGGUUCCUGGUCAGCUUUAUGGUCGACGCCCGGGGCGGCUCCAUGAGAGGAAGUCGUCACAAUGGCAUGCGCAUCAUCAUCCCACCGAGAAAGUGCACAGCGCCCACCAGGAUCACCUGUCGACUGGUCAAGAGACACAAACUGGCGUCGCCUCCUCCGAUGGUGGAAGGAGAAGGCCUGGCCAGCCGACUGGUUGAGGUCGGUCCGGCCGGAGCUCAGUUCCUCGGGCCUGUGAUAGUAGAGAUCCCUCACUUUGGCUCGAUGCGGGGCCAGGAGAGAGAGCUGAUCAUGCUGCGCAGCGAGAACGGAGAAACCUGGAAGGAGCAUCUGUACGACUACAAGACAGACGACCUCAAUCAGCUCCUCAGUGGGAUGGAUGAAGAGCUGGACAGUCCUGAGGAGCUGGAGAGAAAGAGAAUCUGCCGCAUCAUCACCAAGGACUUCCCACAGUACUUUGCGGUCGUGUCUCGAAUCAGGCAGGAGACCAAUCAAAUGGGACCAGAAGGCGGGACUCUGAACAGCCGGAGCGUCCCAUUGGUUCAAGCUUCCUUCCCCGAGGGGGCGUUAACAAAGAAAAUCAAAGUUGGACUGCAGGCUCAGCCUGUGCCUGACGAGACUGUGAAGAAAAUCCUCGGCAACCGAGCAACCUUCAGCCCCAUCGUUACCGUGGAGCCCAGAAGAAGGAAGUUUCACAAGCCCAUCACCAUGACAAUCCCAGUCCCGCCACUCUCAGGGGAGGGGCUCAGCAACGGCUACAAGGGAGACCCUACUCCAUGUCUCCGCCUUCUCUGCAGCAUCACAGGUGGAACAUCCCCAGCACAGUGGGAAGACAUCACCGGCACGACUCCUCUCACCUUCGUCAAUGACUGUGUCUCCUUCACCACUAAUGUCUCUGCCAGGUUCUGGUUAGCAGACUGCCACCAGAUCCCAGAGACGGUGGGUUUGGCCAUGCAGCUGUACAGGGAGCUGAUCUGUGUGCCCUACAUGGCCAAGUUUGUGGUAUUUGCUAAGAUGAAUGACCCAGUGGAGUCCAGACUGAGGUGCUUCUGUAUGACGGACGACAAGGUGGAUAAGACCCUGGAGCAGCAGGAGAACUUCGAGGAGGUGGCCAGGAGCAAAGACAUAGAGGUUCUGGAGGGCAGGCCCAUCUAUGUGGAUUGCUAUGGAAACUUGGCGCCUCUGACUAAAGGUGGUCAGCAGUUAGUUCUUAACUUCUACGCCUUCAAGGAGAACCGUUUGCCCUUCUGUGUCAAGGUGAGAGAUCCCAGCCAGGAGCCCUGCGGUCGUCUUACGUUCCUCAAAGAGUGUAAGACCAUUAAAGGCCUUCCACAAACUGCUGUGUGCAACCUGAACAUCACUCUUCCUGCGGUGAAAAAGGAAAUGGAGUCAGAUGCCGAGGAUGAGACUGAAAAGCCAGAGCGACGUCAUACCUUUGCAUCCCUAGCCUUACGUAAGCGCUACAGCUAUCUGGCCGAGCCUGCACUGAGCCCUCAGAGUCCCUGUGAGAGAACAGACCUCCGCAUGGCAAUAGUAGCCGACCACCUUGGACUCAGCUGGACUGAGCUGGCCAGGGAGCUGGAUUUCUCUGUGGAAGAGAUCAACUUCAUCAGAGUGGAGAACCCCAAUUCCCUGACAGCACAGAGCUUCAUGCUCCUAAAGAAAUGGGUGCACAGGGACGGUAAAAAUGCCACAACGGAUGCUUUAACUGCGGUGCUGACUAAGAUCAAUCGGUUGGAUAUUGUGACUUUGCUGGAAGGGCCCAUAUUUGACUACGGUAACAUUUCAGGCACACGCUGCUUUGCCGAUGAUAACGCAGUAUUCCCGGAUCAGUCCGAUGGAUACCACAAUAUAGAUCUGGAGCUGCAAACCCCCUCAGACCUGAACUACGAGCCCCCCACCCCGCUGCGCUCAGACGACUUCUUUAGCGAGGGCGAUGCUAGCGCAGAAUCCCCUAGCAAGACCACGCUUACUAGACCUAGCGACCUCUCUCUCACUCAGACCACCAGUACCUCCAGCAGCGAGCCCAUCACUGUCGCCCCAGGCCCCACAUCCAAUGCCAUGCAGCCCCCCAUCGUCGGGGCCGAAGACACAGCUUUGACUGCCGGAGAAAGAGCAAAGGAAGAAAAGACAGGGCUGGUUUAUUAUGAGAGGCCGGAUAAUGACAGAAGGGCAGUAUCAGGAAAGGGAACAGACGGGCAUGCUGAGGCUGUAGAGAAGGAACUGAAGGCAGGGCAAGGCGUUGUUUUGGAGCGUCAGGGAGAGACAGCUGCCUCAGAUGCUGGUCAUGGAAAUGGAAAGCAGGAAGAAGAAGAGGAGGAGAUGACCCCGGAGAGGCUGCAGAGUCUGCUGGAGGAUAUAAAGCAGGAGGGAGGCUUGGAGGAUGAGGAGAUGACAGAGGAGCGGAUGAACGCUAUCCUCGAACAACUGCAGCAAGCAGAAAAAGACGUGUGUUCAGUUCCAGGCUGGAGAAGUGAGACGUCUGGCGCAAGCGUAGACUCGGCAGCCCCUGGCCAAAGCUCCGGCAUCAAGGAGGGCAGCCCCGACAGUCUGGUUGAUUCAUUGGAGCAGCCCCCGCCUCAGAGUGACAAACAGAACGGAGCUCACAUCGACACAGCCAGGGAAGAAAGGGAAAGUGAGGCCAAGAGGAAGGGAUCUCAGGAGGACAGCAGCACAGCAGGACCAAGCAGAGGUCAGGAGGAGGGAGGUGACAGGUCCCAGCACAAAGUCCAGGGAGAGGAGGCCAAAAACAUUCCUGGAGAGUCUGUGACGGAGGAGCAGUUCACAGAUGAAGACGGGAAUCUGGUCACCAGAAAAGUGAUCAGAAAAGUGGUGCGCCGUGUGUACAACACGGACGAAAGGAGGGAGAGUGAAGGCGACACUCUAACAGAAGAAGCUGGUGUUGGUGCUGGUGCUGGUGCUGGUGUUGGUGCUGGUGCUGGUGCUGGUGUUGGUGCUGGUGCUGGCGGUAGUGGUGUAGCGACAGCAGGAGCCACAGGGGGGAAGGGCAAGAAGAGGGGGAAGCGCUCCCGACAGGGUCAAAAGGCUGAGAAGUCUGGAGGAAAAUCUGAGCCUGGAGACAGUGCCAACAAGAAACAAGGGAAGAAGAGUCAAUCAUAACAGUAGAGCUCUCAAUUAAACCAGGUCCACUGACGUCCACCUGCGACACCACACACAUUCUGGGAGGAAAAACAAGACUGGAAGCCUCGUCAAUCGGCCAAAAUGUGUCUGAAGCUUUCACUUGCAACGCAUGGUUUUUUCAGCAAGACGACGCAAAACAAGUUACUUUUCUUUGAUUUCGCAUGAGCAUGUCACCAAAACUCACUCACUGUCGGAAGUAACACCGAAAGGACACGCAUGGACGUGAGCUGGAGCUUUCUCAUCUUCGAUGAAGGAAAGGCGCCUGUGACCAAAGAUGGCACAAACAAGGAAAACUAAACGCUGACAGAUGAAGAAGACGUGUGAUUCACUCUCUCUCAGACACUCGCCUUAUAUGGUCUAUUUUUUCCUCCUGGACCCACAGUAUUGGGGUGUACCAUGUGGUUCUUUUUUAAAAAAUGAAAUAUAAUAGUAAAUGGGUGAUUUUUGUUGUAUAUAAAUGACACUGUAUAAAAUACAAAAAAAAAAAAAAAAUCAGUAGCUUCACAGAUUGUUUAUGCACUGAUUUGAGUUGAAGCUUUGCAGAGUCGGUGCAUUUGUAUUGAGAGGUCGACACUGUUUGAGCAGCCUUGAGUGUGCGACCUGACAUGCUCUUCCCAAAUGAAUAUAUCAAAAGAAACAAAAAAAGCUGUAUGUAAAUGAGAAACGAAUGGAAGAAAAAAAUAACUGCUUGAUUUUAAACAAAGGACGUUUCUUUAAAGCCAACAGCUACUUCCGCUCUGUCUGUGGAACAUUAUUUGUCUUCAGAGAAAUAAUAUUUUGCUGCAUGUGACGUCACUUUAUUUUUAAUGCUUUCCUUUUUAUUUUCCUCCUAAUUCAAAAGCACUGUAAUACAAUUAGAGAGAUGGUACUUCUGUCUUCGUGAGCACUCAUAAUAACCCAACCAUCUGUCAUCUAUAACUGUUUUUAUUUUAUUUUGUACGAACCUGAAAACACACACACACACUCCAGAUAGCAAAGCUUCAGGGAGGUACUGACGGUGUCCCCGAAUGUAACCCGCAGACCGGCACAUUGUGUUUUCUCCUAACUGCUAGCAGCCCCGUGUGUGUGAAACAUUAAAUACAAAUGUCUAUCUGUAAGCCCAUCAUGCAUACUAGAAGUGUAAGUUAAAGCUUUCAGGUCUGCUGUGAUUUUAAAAAGGGGACUUUUAUUUUGACGGUUUGAUGACUUUUAUUUAACAGGUUGUAUUUACAUGAGGACAGAGAAGCUCAUUUUUAGCCCCAUUAUCCAAAUACAAUUCUUUUUAUUAACAGCUAAAUCACAGUAUUGAUCACACAAAGUUAAAAAUCUGAUCUUCUGUUCGUGUGUAAUUUUAUUUUUUCUGUCUGUCUUUUUUUUUUUUCUUUUUUCGUACAAAACCACCCUGAGCAUCCAUUGUUGAUGAUAAAUCUGGUACCAACAUGUAUGACGAACCAACAUAGCCUACACUGGAUGAUCCAAGUAAUUAUUUAAGCAGAAAAAUAAAUUGUGUUAAAACUGAAA